AAUUUUAUCAUUUAUAUCUAUUAUCUGUGCGUACAUCUUAAUUUCUUUAAUUUUUAAAUUCUUUAUUUUAAUUAUCUAGGAAAAAAAAAUAAGGAUUUUUUAAAAACGUUCAACCAUUUUAUAUAACAACCUUUUAAGUUAUUUUAACUUACUAAACUAUAGUAAGGUUUUCUAUUAAAUUAUAAAAAUUUAAGUAUUUGUUAAAACUUAAAAGUAAAUCAUGUCUAAGGCUGUAAGAAAAGCAGCUGGAUUUGUAGUUUAUAGAAAAAACUGUGAUGAAAUAAUUGAGUACUUACUUAUGCAAGCAUCUUAUGCAAAUCAUCAUUGGACUCCACCAAAAGGUCACUUAGAGGAAAACGAAUCCAACAUGGAUGCAGCUGUUAGAGAAACUGAUGAGGAAGCUGGUAUUAAAAUGAAAGACCUUAGUGUUGAUCAUAAUUUUGAAAAAGUGUUGAAGUAUGAACCAAAAGACAAACCAUUUACCAAACAAGUCACAUAUUAUUUGGCUCGAUUAAUUAAUCCUGAAACAUCAGUAGUGUUGUCGAAUGAACACCAGGAUUACAAAUGGUUGCCUCUUGUAGAAGCUAAACAUUUGGCAUCUUAUCCUGAAAUGCAAGAAUUAUUGGAUGAUUGUGAAAAUUAUUUAGUUAAAACCAAUGUUAAGUAGAUUAUUAUAAGUAUUCUUGUUAUUUAUGAAUUAAAUCGCAUUAAAAUUAAUUAAUAAACAAAUCCAUGUUGUUAUUUAAAUAAAUUAUAUUAAUUAAUUAAAAAUAA